AACAUGUCCCGCUCACUGCACAUUUUUUCCCACCGAAAAUGCCAAAAUAACCCUCUCCUAACCUCCCGUUACUCUGUUAGCGACAUGUAAACAAAGGGGGCGCGCCAGAUGUCAUGUCACCGCCGUCAGUAUGCGCACACUGCCAGUGCCAGCUAAAGCAGAAAACGUGUUGUACUUACAGUACCUGCACAGAGAAGACCCUUACAGUUCAGAGUGAAGGAUGGCAAGAAGCAGUUGGAGAAUGACCUCUGGUCCCCAUUGGCUGCUUCUCCUGUCAAUCACCUUUGGGGCAUGGUCAGUGCCCAUUGACCGCAAUGCAGUUCCCCAGGAAGCCCAUCCCCCGCCGGAGGGGAAACAGGAAGAGAAUUUGGAUACCGGCCUGUUCUAUGACAGGUACCUGAGGGAGGUGGUCGAGGUGCUGGAGACCGACCCUCUGUUCAGGGAGAAACUGCAGGCCGCGAACACGGAGGACAUAGAGAAGGGUAGGCUCGGUAAGGAGCUGGACCUGGUCGGCCACCAUGUCAGGACCCGUCUGGACGAGCUGAAGAGACAGGAAGUGGCACGCCUCAGGAUGCUGCUGAAGGCCAAACUGGACAGUACCAACACAGAGACUCUGCAGAUAGACCACGCCGCUCUGCUGAAGCAGUUCGAGCACCUGGACCCCCACAACCAGAACACCUUUGAGUCCGCAGACCUGGAGCUGCUCAUCGCUACGGCUGCCAAGGACCUGCGGAACUAUGACCUGGAGCGUCACGAGGAGUUCAAGCGCUACGAGAUGCUGAAGGAGCACGAGAGGAGGGAGCACCUCCGCGGCCUGGACCAGGAGGAGCAGGAGAGGGAGGAGCAGAGGCUGCAGCGGCUGAGCGAGAAACACAGGCAGCACCCCAAAGUCUACGCUCCGGGCAGUGUAGCACAGCUCCGGGAGGUGUGGAGAGAAACCGAUGGUCUAGACCCUCAGGAGUUCGACCCCAGAACCUUCUUCAGCCUUCACGAUACUAAUGGAGACGGUAGCCUGGAUGAGCAGGAGCUUGAAGCUUUGUUCACUAAAGAGCUUGAGAAAGUGUAUGACCCCCGGAAUGAAGAGGAUGAUAUGAUAGAGAUGGAGGAAGAGCGACUGAGGAUGAGAGAACACGUCAUGAAGAAUGUGGAUGUGAAUCAGGAUCGGCUCGUCAGCCUAGAUGAGUUUCUGAGAUCGACGCAGAAGAGAGAGUUUGGCAGCCCUGAAGAGUGGAAGACCCUGGAUGACUCAAAGCCUGUGUAUACAGAGGCGGAGCUCCAGCAGUUUGAGGCGGAGCUUCAAGAGAAGGAGGCGGAGCUGGCCCAGAGGGCGGAGUCUCUACGGCAGGAAGAGGAACUUCUGAAGCAGUGGGGCACGGCGCUGGAGGCUCAGAGGAAAGAGUACCAGCAGGCGGUGAAGGACAUGUCUCAGAGAAACCAGCAGUCAGUGGAUGGGCAGCCCCUGCCGGGUCCUAACGGGGAACUCCAGUUUCAACAGGAGAUGAAAAACCUGGAAGAACAGGGAGCAAAUGCCACCGUUUCUCAGAAUUUUCCUGGAGAAGAACGGAUGAACACCUCUAUUGAGCCCACACAGAACCUUCCACUACACACGUCCUAACACCCUACCGUAUUCACUCCAUCCCUACACACGUCCUAACACCCUACCGUAUUCACUCCAUCCCUACACACGUCCUAACACCCUACCGUAUUCACUCCAUCCCAACGCACCUCCAGACCCCCCCUCACUCUCACUCCAUCUCAACACACCUCCAGACCCCCACCCUCACUCUCACUCCAUCCCAACACACCUCCAGACACCACCCUCACUCUCACUCCAUCCCUACACACCUCCAGACCCCCCCCCGCCACUCUCACUCCAUCCCUACACACAUCCUAACACCCUACCGUAUUCACUCCCGCCCUCACUGUCACUCCAUCCCAACACACCUCCAGACCCCCCCCCCACUCUCACUCCAUCCCAACACACCUCCAGACCCCCCCCCACUCUCACUCCAUCCCAACACACCUCCAGACCCCCACCCUCACUCUCACUCCAUCCCUACACACCUCCAGACACCCCAUCAGGGUCUGCUGCUUUUCACUGCUACUCAGCAGUUAAUGCAUUUCUGUUCAAAUUUAGCUAUUUGGCAGACACUUAUCUGAGUGACUUACAAUAGUCUUAAUACAGAUUUAGGCUGCAAACAGUGCUGCUUCCGGAUCCUCAGUGUCACAGCCUAUAAUAGUGGACAGUACAUAGUCUUACAACAUACAGUUAUUUAUAUAGUGGGUGCAAAACCGAAUUGACAAUGCACAAUUUAUCGCACCACUCUCUGUUAGGCAGGGGGCAGUAAGCCCCUUUAGGGAGAGGACAGUACUGCUCUUUAGGGAAACGAGAGUAAUCUCCUUUAGAUAGGGCACAGUACUUCCCUUUAGGUAGGGCACAGUAAGCCCCCUUAGGUAGGGGAGAGUAAGCCCCUUUAGGGAAGGGACAGUAAUCCCAUUAAGGUAAGGGACAGUAAUCCCCUUCAGGGAGGGGACAGUAAGGCCCUUUAGGUAAGGGACAGUAAGCCCCUUUAGGUAGGGGACAGUAAUCCCCUUUAGGGAAGGGACAGUAAUCCCCUUCAGGGAGGGGACAGUAAGGCCCUUUAGGGAAGAGACAGUAAUCCCCUUUAGGGAAGGGACAGUAAUUCCCUUCAGGGAGGGGACAGUAAGGCCCUUUAAGUAGGGGACAGUAAGCCCCUUUAGGUAGGGGACAGUAAGCCCCUUUAGGCAGGGGACAGUAAGCCCCUUUAGGUAGGGGACAGUAAUACAGUUUAGGGUGGGGGCAGUCAGUAGACUGAGGGUUGAAGGGUCUGGCAGGAGUGUAGGUUUUGAUAACAGACUGCAGGUAUGAGGGUGUUGUUCCCCUUGCUGCAACAGUUUGUAUUUAAACCUCCCCCUGUCUGCAAUUGGUUCAUCCAAAUAUCACAUGGUUGUUUGCAUUACGGUUGACCAGCCAGGGGCGGAGUCCAACUUUUUUUUCUGGUUUAUUUCAUCAUUGAACUGUCCUGUGAGAGCAUUGUCUUGGUUCUGGGAGCACUGUCAUGGUUGGUUGAGCGAAUGUGUCGCUCUCCACACUGUUGCUCAGUUACAACUGGAUAACCGAAGCUUUGAUACCAAUUGCUCGGUCAAGCAUAUCAAAACUAAUUUCACACAUAAUCACACAAAAAUCAUUUAUCUAGUUGAUAGAGACUUCAGGAUGGGAAUGAAUAAUUGUGGCUGUUGUAGUUACAAAAAUGAUCGGUUUGGAACUCCGCGGAGAUUACACCUUCAACAUAUUUUCAGCUUUUCACUGAAAUUGUGACUGUGAACUUGUUUUGCACAGUUUAAUGCUUUUCUCAUUCUGCCUGUAAUACGCCUUGAUACAUGUUUCCCUUAGCCUAUAUAUCAUCCAUCCAUUCAUUAUCUAACCCGCUUAUCUUGGUCAUGGUCUAGGGAGGUGCCGAAGCCUAUCCCAGCAUGCAUUGGGCGAGAGGCAGGAAUACACCCUGGACAUUUUGCCAGUCUAUCGCAAGGCACACACACAAUUCACUCACACACUCGUACCUGGGGGAAAUUUAGACUAUUAACCUAACCAGCAUGUCUUUGGCCUGUGGGGGGAAACCAGAGUACCCAGAGGAAACCCACACGGACACGGGAAGAACAUGCAAACUCCACGCAGAAAGGCCCCGGCCGGGAUUUGAACUCAGUACCUUCUUACUGUGAGGCAGGAGUGCUACGGCAGUGUAGUAUAGUGGGUAAGGAGUUGGUCACAAGUUCGAUUCCCCGGUGGGACACUGCUGUUGUACUUUUGAGCAAGGUACUUAACCUGAAUUGCUUCAGUAUAUAUUCAGCUGUAUAAUUGGAUGCAGUGUAAAUGCUAUGUAAAAGUUGUGUAAGUCGCACUGUGUAAGAGCGUCUGCUAAAAAUGCCUGUAAUGUAAUGUAAUGUUUCAUAACGUUUAUGAAAUUAGGUCCCGGUGGGUGCAGAAAUGGAAGCUGUAAUGCUGGGAGUUGGUUUUGAGCAUACUUACCACGGUGUUCACGGACGUGUCUGCCGGUGGUUCAUUUUCGAAAAAGUCGUUUCGUUUGGAGUGUGCUGCCUACUUAACACCUGACUCUGCGAGUUACUGACUCCGCACUGGGAGUUCUUUCCGCCCCUCGUUCUCUCUGUCCCUCACACUUCCUCCCUCCCUCCCUCCCUCUCUCUCACAGGCAGGUCGGCACACUCGUUCAUUUCUGAGGUGUUACGUUUUUGGGCCUAAUAAAGGAUUCGGGUUUGAACAGA